AUGUCCCGGGCUGGGAACCGAGGCAAUACUCAGGCGAGAUGGCUGGGCAUUGGGCUUUUGGGUCUCUUCCUGCUCCCCAUGUACCUGUCGUUGGAGGUAUCUGUGGGAAAGGCCACCACCAUCUACGCUAUCAACGGCUCAGCGAUCCUGCUACCCUGCACCUUCUCCAGCUGUUAUGGCUUUGAGAACCUCUACUUCAGGUGGUCCUACAAUAACAGCGAAACAUCCAGGAUUCUCAUCGACGGGAUCGUGAAGAAUGAUAAGUCUGACCCUAAGGUGAGAGUGAAGGAUGAUGACCGCAUCACCCUAGAGGGCUCCACUAAGGAGAAGAUGAAUAACAUCUCCAUCCUCUUGAGUGACCUGGAGUUCAGUGACACGGGCAGAUACACUUGCUUCGUGAGGAACCCCAAGGAGAAGGACUUAAACAACUCUGCUACGAUCUUCCUCCAAGUGGUUGAUAAAUUGGAAGAAGUGGACAACACAGUGACGCUCAUCAUCCUGGCUGUGGUAGGCGGGGUCAUCGGACUUCUCGUCUGCAUCCUGUUGCUGAAGAAGCUCAUCACUUUCAUCCUGAAGAAGACCAGAGAGAAGAAGAAGGAGUGUCUCGUGAGUUCCUCUGGGAACGACAACACAGAGAACGGGCUGCCUGGUUCCAAGGCAGAAGAGAAGCCACCCACAAAAGUGUGAGGCCCUGCUCGGGGCCAAGCAGGGCAGGGAGCCUCACUUUCUGAUGGUGAUAUUGAUGCCGAGUCCUGUCUGAGAUGUGUGCUGCUUGGCCCAAACUGUUCUUUCUGAGCACGAAGGACGUGGCCCUGCCCAGCUGCCAUUCCCUCCCCAGCCGGGGCUUCCUGGGGACAAGGGUUGACCGGGGGAGGAAGCCCACAGGAGAUUGGAGACAGGGAAGGGAGGGGCUGGAGUGGUGUGGAAGGUUUGGUUCCAGCUCUUGGACACAUGGGGUCUCCUAGACUUUCACCUCUGUGAAGCCUCACUUUUUCCUCAGUUUUCCUUCUGAUCUUUCACCAGGAAAUCGAGGUGAUCAGUGAGGGCUGCUCCCAAAGCUGGGGUUUGGACAUGGGAAGAGGGUGACUCCUUCAGAAGCUGGAAAUGCACUAGAACUCUGGGAUUGAAUCUUCCGGGGGUGGGGUGGGGCCAGUCAUGAGAGGCAAGCUGGGCUUUGAAGAAUAUCAGGCUUCUGGAAGUUCCUUUAGAGGGGACUUCUCUCCCCUCCACCCUGCCCACACUGUCCUGGCUCCCUGACCAGCCUCCUGCUCUCUGGGCUGCAGCUGCUGGGGAGGCUUGUGGGGAGGGGCAGCCUCCAUCCUUCCUGGAGCUCCAGGGUGCUAUAUGCAUCUUUUCUGGCUUUGCUCUUUGAGUUCCAGAGGUGGGAGAGCAAGGCCUCGACCUCCCAGCCAUUGGAAUGUCUACCCCAGCCCUACAAGACUGACAGCCCUUGUACUUGGCACGGCAGGACCAUGCCACCCUGACACUUCCAGAGCUCAGUUUUCCACACGUCUUCCCUUCUCUUGAAAUGGCUGGCAUUGCCACAUUACCUGAGCGAUGGUUUCCUAGGACUUCCCAUCCCAUACCUUUGCUCCUCCUAUGUCCCUCCAGCAUGCCUGGCCUUCCCCUGCUCCCAGGUCUGCCCACCCCAGCUCUGGGUCUACAUUUGCCUCAGGGACCCUUGUUUCCGGGUGAGAAGGGGCAACUCCUCAUUCAGUCCGAGGCUUUCUCUUCUCUUUACUUCUUGCAGAGCCGGUUUGCACACCCCUUGAGUGUGGGGCUAGAUUGUGCCUUAGUUCCCUGAGUCCCGAUUCUGAGCCCCCUUUCCUUCAGCUCACACUCCCUGGUUAAUUGCACAGUUUGGUGUGACACUGGUGGGGCUCCCCAGCUCCCUAACCCAAGGUCAUAGAGGAGACCAUGAAUUUGGCAUUGUGUAAACAAUGGCUCCAUGGCUGGUGGCAGCCUUGGUGACACCCAAGGGGCACCCUCUUUCUCGUCGCUGACAUAGAGAUAGGAUGGCAUUUGAUGUGGGGCCUUCAGGUGGAUUUGAUCAUGCGGGCUCCUGUGACAUAUGAGAUGUGAUAAUAAGGGUACCCAAACUCCCUCUUUCUCAUCAGAUUUCUGAUAUCCUCCACUUGUCAGAAGAUGGAGACUACUUCUCUUUUCAGAGGUUGUAAGGACUGCUAAAGGCUUUGCCCAGGAGUAGCUGAAGGCUCCCCAAAGUAGAAGUUGGGGGAGACUAAAGAACUAAAGAUCUGUAGGUACCUGUGGCUAUGGCUAGUGUCUGUUGCCCAAGCCGAGGGGCUCUUGGGGUUGCCUCCUCUCCUCCCAUUCUUCCUUACCCAGAACUGGCUGUGAGCUGGGCAAAAAUUGCCCAUCUCCUGCUUUUUAUAUAUUUAUUUGAGCAUAGUCUCAUGUAGCCCAGGCAGGCCUUCAACUCCCUGUGUAGCCAAAACUGGCCUUGAACUCCCGAUCUCCUGUCUCCGUUGCCAUAGUGCUGGGAUGACAGGUGUGAGCGCACACCCUGCUUAGAGUAACCUGAGAACAAACAUGGCACCAGAGCCUCCAGCUAUUCAGGAAACUUCCAGCUGCCUUCAUGCAAAACUGCUUUCUUCCCCAACACUGGAAGAGGCGAAGUACUGUGGGUUCUUCUUGCUUUCCCGAGAGGAAGCCAACAGCAUACAGCAGGAGAGAGGGAGGGACUCCCCCUUCCCAUCUUCCUGUUCACUGUCAGCUUAGAGGCAGCCCUUGCAGCUUCUCCCAUCUCCCCAAAGGGUGAAAUGAUACCUACCUCACAGGACUGCAGUGAGGCUUGGUGAUGUUCUCUCUUUUUUCUUUUUUUUCUUUGUUUUUCGCCUGUCUUGGAAAGGCACUGGGAAACAAGGCUAAUAACUGGAGAGAACGUUCCGCGUCUACUCCUGUCCUCAUCUCUGGAUGCGUACAUGCAACAUGCGUAUGCCUCAGCCCUCUUCUUCUUUUUGCAACCAUAGGCAUCGUGACUCAGACGCUUAAAGCAUCUUUGUCCGUGGUACUUGUGUUUUCAUGGAGGUGCCUGAGGUGAUGGGGGCAGUGUUUUUAUAUUGUCGUUGCCCCAGUGCCUGCGACAAUACUGGUGUUUAAUGCAUAGGGGUUAAGAGCACAAGUCUCAGUCCUCUUAACAGAGAACAUCUGGUCCAGUGCUAGCGGCAUGCCUGUGCAGACAUUGCCAUGCAUUGCAGUGGGAUGUAUAUUCGCAAAGCCAUUUCCUCUAGGCAGACCCUCUUGCAGGCAAGUCCUCACUAGCAAUCUCAGGGUGUUCCCUGUGCCAGUGGGCAACAGAACCUCUUCUACAGGUGACUUUGGGAAACCUGGACCCAUGCAGUUGUGUGGCAUCGACAUCCGUGAGACCAAAGACAAAGCACAAGUCCCUUAUCCUUGACCUCCAUAUAAACUUCUGCAUUCGAGGGCCCAGAUCCCUCAGUGUAGAAACUGAGCAGAAGGCCCCUGGAAUCAACCUGCAGUGCCAGAGGGCCCAGGAGAAUGACAGACAGGGGGCAGAACUCCACACGUCUGACCGACCAGUUUCUGUGGAGCUAGGGAGGCAAGAGCGUCCUCCAGCUGGUGGGAGGUGAGGGUGCCCUUGUGCGGAGUGCUGGUGGUGUGUUGGAUCUCGUAGGGUGCGCCUAGUCAGUCUGCAGGUGCAGAGGUAUGACUGAGGAGGGUGGGCUGUGCAUGCAAGGGGGUGAUGUGGGAUGCAGGGGCUGGGGGUGCGGCUGUGCAUCUUCAGUUACCUGAACUGGAAACUGAAGAAGGGUAAGAGACAGAGACGAACAGCUGUGCUCCUGGAUUCAACUGGGUGAUUCCAUGUCAGGAUGACAGACAACUGCCCUUGGGGGGGGGGUGUUGGAGGAAGGAUGCCCAACGGAGGGAUUUGUGGGGGAAUCCUCUAGCUUGCUGCAUUUUAUUUUGUCCCAGGUUGGAGUCCUUGCUCACCCAUCUCCCACUGGAUGUGCAGUGCUUUUGACUAUCUUAUGCAUGGUUUAUUCCUCUGGCUUGGAUAACAGUACCCAUAGUCAGUCUUCCUAUCUAACUUUAUAGGUCAAACAAUACAGUGAUGGGCUGUGGGGGCCUCAGGUCCACAGUGUCCCCAGGAGGCACCGACAGGCACAUGCCCAGCACUUGUGUUUAAGCACAGGUUGAAUGCAAUUAGGUUGUCUUGCCUCUACUACACAUUUUGCAUUGUAGGAUUGGAUUUGGCUUUGCUUUGGAUGAAAUAAAAAAUUAUUUUGUAAU